AUUCGUUAUACGUUUGCAUGUCGAGGUGAUGGCGUCAUCACAGCCCUAAACACGAUGACAGAUGUGACGUGCCGUCUUUCAUCUGUGCUCUUUGUUGCUCCGGGUUGAAAGCUCGCCGUGUGGUUUGAAUUAGCAUGUGGGCUAGAGCUAGCGGUAGCACUUGGCGAGCACGAAGCUGUGAGGGCGCCACUUUUUAUUUUAUAAUAACCGUUUAAAACUUGUACCGUUUGAGACGAUAGCUCAAAGAUUGUAUAAUUAACCAUUUAAUAUGUGAAUGUUUUGGUUAAUUAAUCCUGGUCGUGUGCAGCGCGUUUUAAAAGCGACGAGCCUUGUAAUGACAUUUGUUCUGUAAUAUUAAAGCAUUGUAGUAAUCAUGGUUUGCCCAAAUUAGGUAAUGGAUUCUAUACCCUUCUAAAAUUUAACUUUUUGAGAUCCGCGAAUAUUCUGUAUCAAGAACAAAGACGGUGGAUCAUAACCAGUUCUAUGCAGGGACCGAAGGAAGGCAGAGUAAUCGUUGCAAGCAAAAAGAGGAAAGAUGCAGAUUAUAAAGGGGCGUGGAAGGAGAGAAGAGAAAAGCAGGUCUGUGGUGGAAGGAAGGGAGGACCGUGACUGUAAAGAACCGGAGCAGCUCAGGAAGCUCUUUAUUGGUGGCCUGAGCUUUGAAACUACAGAGGAGAGUUUACGGGCCCAUUUUGAGCAAUGGGGAACACUGACAGACUGUGUGGUGAUGAGAGAUCCCAGCAACAAACGGUCAAGAGGCUUUGGCUUCGUGACCUUCUCCUCCAUGUUGGAGGUUGACGACGCCAUGAAAGCAAGGCCUCAUAAAGUAGAUGGCCGAGUUGUUGAGCCCAAGAGGGCCGUGUCCAGAGAGGACUCCAAUAAACCAGGCGCUCAUCUGACAGUGAAGAAGAUCUUUGUAGGCGGUAUCAAGGAGGACACCGAAGAGUACCACAUCCGAGACUAUUUCAAGAAAUACGGCAAGAUUGAAUGCAUCGACAUCAUGGAGGAACGCUCUUCGGGCAAAAAAAGAGGCUUCUGCUUUGUCACAUUUGACGAUCAUGACACUGUUGACAAAAUUGUCGCUCAAAAAUACCACACCAUCAACGCGCACAACUGUGAGGUUAGGAAAGCGCUCUCGAAGCAAGAAAUGAACGUCAUGUCGAAUAACAGGGGAAGGAGUGGAGGCUCUGGUAACUACAUGAGUCGAAGUAAUAAUUAUGGAGGCGGUGGCAGCUACGGUCGAGAUAACUAUGAUGGAGGGCGAGGUGGUUAUGAUGAUUAUGAUGGUCCUCGUGGUAAUUAUGGUGGAGGAGGAGGCUAUGGAGGACGUGGGGACUAUGGAGGUGGCUAUGGUAAUCAAGGUGGUGGAUUUGGUGGCGGCUGUGAUGGAGGGUACCGAGGUAAUGGCGGAGGUUACGGCGGGGGCGGAAAUUACAAUGAUUGUGGUAACUACGGUGGCCAUCAGUCCAGCUACGGUCCGAUGAAGGGAAACAAUUUUGGUGGCAGAAACUCUGGCGGACCAUACGGAGGUGGCUACGGAUCCGGGAGUGGCGGGGGCUACGGCUCGCGGCGCUUUUAAACGUUUCAUCGGCUUCAGUUCUUAGCAGGAGAGUCGAGGCGGUGAGCAAAGGAAUUGUCAGGAAAGCUGCAGGUUACUUUGAGGCAUUAGCGGAGCACACGAGUCAGACUCUUUAUGGAAAAAGGACUGUCCAUUCAAAACAAGACAUUGAUACUUUAUAAUGUUGAUUUUUUUUCUUUUUUUUUUGUCUGCAAAGCAACUGUUUGGGUGUUGUGCAAGGGGUUGAGCGAUUUCUUUUUCUAAUCCAAAGCACGUUUAUAUCUUGUAUUUUUCAUUGUUUUACAAGGCUUAGAAUGAACCUGGUUUUUGUCCUUCCCGCAUAGUUCCUCAGAUGAGUUCAGUGUCUUUUGACUCUUGUAUGUGAACACCAGUUAAAACCUUCCAAGUGUCUGGAAUUAGAUUUCAGGGAAUUCUAGUUUGUGCAAAGCCCGAAUAAAAAAAAAAAUGGUGUAGUGAAGUCAUGUGAGAUUGUGUUGUCUGCCUGAUGUACGCAAUUACCUACGAGGCGACGACGAGUAGCCCUAAGCCAUCUAUAGUCGCGUUAUAGGAGCGCCCCCCCGAGUGCCUGCAGCGUGAUGGUCAGACAGCACGUCUUCAGCCAGCGCCAGCACAGUGGACCAGUCAGCAUUGUGAGAGAGAGAGAGGGGAAGAGGAGGAAGAGGCGGCAGCCAGCGCAACGCCGGCACGGAGGAAGCUCGCAGAGUCAAGGCUAGCUAAACCUUCCUGAAGCCAGCUAGCGAAUGGACAUUUGGGGAGGAGGGGCCAUGAUUGGGGGUGUCCUGUUGAGGCAGUUUACUCACUAAAUACUGUAGGUGUGAGACUUGAGAAGGGAGUGAGUAUGUAGCAACAGCUGACUUGAACAAGAACGAGCAGGUAAGAGUAACCACUUUGCUUGAUUUGCAGAUGUGGAAAGAAGCGGAAAGUCUGUAAAGAUCUGGUAACACGGAAGGGUCUGGAUGGGUAAGACUUUUUCCAAAUAUUUUAAGGCUGCCUUUUUUUUUCAAGGUAAAAAUUGGCAGGUGUCAAGUAUUGUUCCACUGUGACCUUCAGGAAUUUAUGUUGCACAAUCACAAAACAAGGCCAAAAUGAUUCAUGUUCUGUUUCAAGUUAGUGUUGCGUUUGUUGAGCUGGUAUCGCCUGGCUCAAAGUGCCCCCACCAAAAAAGUCUAAAUGGCAACAUAGGCGGUCUUUUCACAUCUCGACAGUUUUUAACCUUUCUUGGCAUUUCCCACUUCAAGAAGUACAAACUCAACACAUGGCCAUUGUAUGAAUCAUUUUAAACUGAAUAUCCUACAUACCAAAGUCUUAUGAAUCAAAACCAGUGCGUGUUCAAUAAGCAUGGGAUAGUUACUGGUUCCAAGGUAUUCAGCGGUUUUAAGUCAGAUUCUAAAAGCCACUAAAACCUUUUAUCCCAGCCGUAUGAGGGAGUUACUAUUUUUAUUUUAUACAAUCAGUGUGGCUAAUGUAACAGGAUCCCCCACCUAUCCCGUAGUUGGUGCAAGCAGUCAGUGAGCCCAAUUCCUUUGCCCUUAUCAAAUGUUUAUUUUUUAAAACAUUUUGAACAUGGCUGAUGUAGUAGUUGGUUGUAGGGUGAAGUGUUCAUGGAACAGAAACUUGCCACGCUAAUUGUUUGUCAUUGAUGCACCGGCAGCCAUUUGAUGGCAACAUCACAUUCAGCCUUGCCAUGCCCACGGUCGAAUUUAAUCCACAAUGCAGAGCCCUGGCCUGAGGUUAUUCACACAAUGACACAUAAAAAGGUGUUCCAGUUGACCUUUCUUGCCUGUUGGGCCAUUGAAUUUUUUUUUUUUUUAUGUGAUUGGAACUCUAUCAAACCAAUUUCAUCGCCAGUCUGAAAGCUGUAUCAAAUGCAGUGUCGUAAGGUCACACACGAGACAUGGCACAAAGGAGGGUGUGUCUCUAACUGCUAUUAGCGUUCACGAGACUUUAUAGCUUGGGCUGGAAUAAAGGUGUUUUUCCAAUGCUUAUUUUUAUGUUUUGUUUGAUGUCAAGUUUUUGGUAACAUGCUGUUUACACCCUUUUCAAAAGUAAAUCUAUGACACGUUUCUGACCCGUUUA